ACCCCUGUUCUCCUCUCCAGGGAACCAUCUCUGCCUCUCAAGCCAUGUCAUGCAGAAAUUUCCAGCUGAGCUCCAGAUGUGGCAGCCGGAGUUUCAGCUCAUGCUCGGCCAUCACGCCCCGGAUGGUCACGCACUAUGAAGUGAGCAAGGGACCCUGUCGUCCUGGAGGUGCCGGGGCCCUCCGAGCCCUGGGCUGCCUUGGCUCUCGCAGCCUAUGCAAUGUGGGCCUCGGGAGGCCCCGUGUGGCCUCCAGAUGUGGCAUGCCUGGCUUCGGGUACCGAGCAGGAGCCGCCUGUGGACCACCCACCUGCAUCACCCCUGUCACCAUCAACGAGAGCCUUUUGGUCCCCCUGGAGCUGGAGAUCGACCCAACAGUGCAGAGGGUGAAGAGGGAUGAGAAGGAACAGAUCAAGUGUCUCAACAACAGAUUCGCAUCCUUCAUCAACAAGGUACGCUUCCUGGAGCAGAAGAACAAGCUGCUGGAGACAAAAUGGAACUUCAUGCAGCAGCAGAGGAGUUGCCAGAGCAACAUGGAGCCGCUCUUCGAGGGCUACAUCUGUGCCCUGCGACGACAGCUGGACUGUGUGUCUGGGGACCAUGGGAGACUGGAGGCUGAGCUCUGCAGCCUUCAGGAUGCACUGGAGGGUUACAAGAAAAAGUAUGAAGAGGAACUGUCCCUGCGCCCCUGCGCUGAGAAUGAGUUUGUCACCUUGAAGAAGGAUGUGGACACAGCCUUCCUGGUGAAGGCAGACCUAGAAACCAACUUGGAGGCUCUAGAACAUGAGAUUGAGUUCCUGAAAGCCCUGUUUGAAGAGGAGAUCAGCCUGCUGCAGUCCCAGAUCUCUGAGACCUCAGUCAUUGUGAAGAUGGACAACAGUCGGGACCUGGACGUGGAUGGCAUCAUAGCCGAGAUCAAGGCCCAGUACGACGACAUCGCCAGCCGCAGCAAAGCGGAAGCAGAGGCCUGGUACCAGUGCCGGUAUGAGGAGCUGAGGCUGACGGCUGGGAACCACUGUGACAACCUGCGCAACCGUAAGAACGAGAUCCUGGAGAUGAACAAGCUGAUCCAGCGGCUGCAGCAGGACAUCGAAGCAGUCAAAGGCCAGCGCUGCAAACUCGAGGGGGCCAUUGCCCAGGCAGAGCAGCAGGGUGAGGCGGCCCUCAGUGACGCCAAGUGCAAGCUGGCAGGGCUGGAGGAGGCCCUACAGAAGGCCAAGCAGGACAUGGCCUGCCUGCUCAAGGAGUACCAGGAGGUGAUGAACUCCAAGCUGGGGCUGGACAUCGAGAUCGCCACCUACAGGCGCCUGCUGGAGGGCGAGGAACACAGGUUGUGUGAAGGCAUCGGGCCUGUGAAUAUCUCGGUCAGCAGCUCCAAAGGUGCCGUUCUCUACGAGCCGUGUGUGGUGGGCACACCCAUGCUGAGGACCGAAUACUGCACAGGGACCACGGGUGUCCUCAGGAACAGCGGGGGCUGCAGCGUGGUGGGCACCGGUGAACUCUACAUCCCCUGUGAGCCCCAAGGGCUCCUGGGUUGUGGAAGCGGGCGGAGCUCCAGCGUGAAGAUGGGGGUGGGUAGCAACUCUUGCAGUCGUUAGUGUUAGCACUGCCUCAGAGUCUGGAAACCCUGGAUACCACAUCUCUACAGGGCUGAAGACUAGAAUAGGUCGAAAUUCUCCCUUCCCACACCAACUUCACAUUGCCCUAGGAUGCUCCUGGGAGUUGAGUCACUCUUGCUCGAAAUCUAUUCUUCAAAACCACCUUUCACAUCUCUGGAUGCAGACCCCAGGCUGGACCCAGAGUGGGUGGGAUACAGAGAGAGGCUGCCUUGCUCCCGCCACUGGAGUCACAGUAGUCAACUUGAGUAGUCAAGAGAAAGCAACAGUCUGACCACUUCUCUCCCAGGCGAGACAGCCAGUUGGGCACAUUACAGUUCUAUUUUGUAGAAGGCUCCAUGCACUUCCUCACACAGCCAGCCCUGCCCUGCCCAUGCCCUGCCCAAGCCUCCUAUCUCCCUUCCCUCAGGCUCUCAGAGAUCUAAGAAAAUCGAACUGACCGCACCCAUCUGAAGCAUGCACUAUUAUAAAAAAAAUUAGAAAGGAGAUUCCCCAAAUCCCAUUUUGAAUUCCAAAACCAAGGUCCAGAAUUAGAGCUCCUGGGUCACUAGAUGCUGCUGG